AUGAAAAUAGUCAUGCACCUUUUAUUACUAUCACUUUGCUAUGCGUUUUCUUUGCUCAUAUUUCAAAGUGGAUUUCUACUCAAACGAAAGGAACUUCAAAUGCGAAGUCAGUGCAGUGAUGCAAAGUUGUACAAUUCGAAAUGUUGGAUGCAACGACAAUACAAAAGGGUAGUUGUUCUGUUGGUGGACGCUCUUCGUUACGAUUUUAUGGUACCACCUGAAGACGGUGCUCCCCUGUCAUUUUUUCGUGGUCAAAUGCCUGCUGUAGCUAAAUUGAUGACACGUGGUGGACAAAUAGGGCUAUUGCUCGCCGAUCCACCUACUACUACACUUCAAAGGAUUAAGGCCCUCACAACAGGAACUCUGCCCACCUUCAUUGAUGCUGGUGAUAAUUUUUCACCUAGCCCUAUUAUUAAUGAAGAUAACAUCUUCUUUCAAGCUCGGAGCUGUGCCCUUAAUGUAGCUUUCAUGGAUCUUUUCACACGUGCUCAUCCAUUCGACAGUUUUGACAUCAACGAUCUCAACAGCGUUGACGAUGCGAUGGACAAGAUCAUAAUGGAAACGGCAAACGCGCUAUUCGAGAAUGACCUUCUGAUUGUUUUGGGAGACCAUGGUAUGACGACCACGGGAGACCAUGGUGGUGACAGCGAUGAUGAGACGCACGCUGGUCUCUUAGUCUACUCACCUUCUCAAAAGUUCGGUAUUCUUCCUGGCGACCUUCGACAAAUUGACCUCGUACCAACGAUAUCACUUCUUCUAGGCCUCCCUAUUCCAUUUUCAAAUCUUGGAGUCGUUAUUGGUUCUUUGUUUCCCAAGAAUCUCACCAAUCAAGCAAUCGCUCUGAACUAUGAACAAAUGCGAAGCACAAUGCGUCGUCUGCAAGCUUCUCUACGCGCUGCAUGGACUCAGUUCGACCUUUCUUUAAUGAAGCUGGGCCUACUUUGCUUCGUAGAGGCGUUGCUCUUCACGCUCUCUUUUCGACGUCUUACUCUUAUACAUUAUGUGAUGCGUUCUGGUUGCCUUCUGCUUCAGUUAUCACUCAUUCUUGGUGGUUCUAGCGAAAGCCUAGCUGUACCAUUAUUACUGGUGCGUUUUUUUUUUUGGUUAUUUAUCCUUUUCACUAGCCACUCGUCCAUUUCAUCAUUUUUCAGUUCGUCCUCCCUUUGUCAACAGUUCACUCAGUUAUUUCUCUACUUUCGCAGAUACUUUCUAUGCGUAUCUCAUACUUUUCCGUAG